AUCCCACAGUUGCCAAUAUAACAUCUCUUAAUUAUUCUCACUUAUUCUCUUAAUUAAUUGAAGCUUGUUAAGCUUCCUCUCCUUAAUCCUUAUUAGAUUAAUUUCUUUGAAAUUAAUUAAGGAUUAAGGUUGAGAUAAUUUAAUUAUAUAGCUAAUUAAAAUUAAAAAAAUAAUAAAAAUGGCACUGUCUCCUCAACAUCUUCAUCAAUUAACCUUCAUUUUUGGCAUUCUUGGAAAUUUUGUGUCUUGUGGUGUUUUCUUAGCUCCAUUGCCAACAUUUUGGAGUAUAUACAAGAAGAAAUCAACUCAAGGGUUUCAAAGUAUACCUUAUUCAGUUGCACUCUUUAGUGCUAUGCUGUUAUUGUAUUAUGCUCUAAUCAAAGAAAGCAAUGGAAUGAUGAUCAUCACCAUAAACACCUUUGGUUUUGUCAUUGAAAGCUUCUAUCUUAUUGUUUUUCUCAUUUAUGCUACCAAAAAUGUCAGGGUAUAUACAGCGAGGUUGAUUGGACUGUUUAAUGUAGUGUUCUUUGGAGUGAUAGUUGCAAUAACAAUGUUGUUUGUUCGAGGAAAUGAUGAACAUACAAUCUUAUCACGCGGUGGAUUACGUGAAAAUGUUGUUGGAUGGAUUUGUGGUAUCUUUUCCGUAUGUGUCUUUGCUGCUCCUCUUAGCGUCAUGAGGAUGGUAAUAAGGACCAAGAGUGUAGAGUUCAUGCCAUUUGGGUUAUCAUUCGCCCUUACAUUCUGCGCAGUUUUUUGGUUUUUCUUUGGCUUUCUCAUCAAAGACUACUACAUUGCCUUACCAAAUGUGCUUGGAUUUUUAUUUGGAAUAGCUCAAAUGAUACUUUACACAAUAUAUAAGGCUUCAUCAAAGAAGCAAAAGAAAAUUUUGGAUUUAAUGAUAACAGAAGGAGAUAUAAUGCAACUUCAUCAAGAAUUAUCAGUUGAUAUAAAGCUUGGAAAGGUAGAGAAAAAGGAGCAAGAAUCUAUGGAUAAAGAGCCACAAAAUAAGGUAACUGCUGCGGAAAGCAUUCAAGUAAUUGUCCAAGAAAUGAUAAAAAUGGACGAAGUACACAACAACAAAGAAAUUGAUGGAAAUCUAACGCUUGGUAAUCCUCCACGUGGAGAUUGCAAUGUUUGAAGGAAAUAAGUAAGGAAGUUGCAUGAAGUUUCUUCUUGUUCAUUCUCACCAUUGUGCUUUGGUGGUGAAUUAUCAAAAAAAAAAAGUUAUGUGGGUCCAUUAUUCUUAAAAAUCAAGGGGGUUAAGAAAAAAAAUUCUUUUUAAAAAAAAUUCUUUUUGUUUUAAGUCGGAUUAUUAGUUGAGUUAUUAAUUGUAAUAAAUUGUAACGAGUAAUCUGAUUAGAACAAAAGAGUAUAUUAUUUGUUUUAGGAGGUGAUUGAGGUGAAGAGGAAGCUAGGAAGUUUUAUGUAUAUUUUUUUCUAUGUUCUUAGAUUAAUUAAUUAUUGUACUUUUCUUAUUUAAUUCCAUGUGUUUCUCUAUUUAGAGUAA